AUGGCUUCUGGUGUUGCCAGCAUCAUCCUCCUUGUUGUGCUCUCUAGCUUGGUGGCCUCCUCUGCUGCGAGAUUCUCCAAAAUCCAGGACGUCUGCCAGCCAUUCGGUGAGCUCCAUGCCCCCGGCGGGCAUUCGUGCGACGAGUGCUGUAAAGAGGGCGAGAGCUAUCCCCAGUACGAAUGCUCGCCGCAAGUGACUGGCGCGACCAAGGCGAUCCUCACCGUGAAUGACUUUGAGGAGGGCGGCGAUGGUGGAGGUCCAUCGGAAUGUGACAACCAGUAUCAUGACAAUUCGGAGCCUGUUGUGGCGCUCUCCACGGGCUGGUAUGCAAAGGGCAGUCGGUGUGGGAAAUUUGUGAGAAUCUCCGCGAAUGGGCGAACGGUGAGUGCAAAGGUGGUGGACGAGUGUGAUUCCGUCAAUGGCUGUGACAAGGAGCACGCGUUCGAGCCACCUUGCCUUAAUAACAUUGUGGAUGCAUCGCCCGUGGUGUGGAAGAAGCUGGGGGUCUCCCAGGACGAUGAUGACUAUGGAUACAUGAAGAUUACGUGGGACGUCUGCAAUCCAUCCGGUGAGCUCCACUCCCCCGGCAGGCUAUCAUGCGAUGAGUGCUGUAAAGAGGGCGAGAGCUAUCCCCAGUACGAAUGCUCCCCGCAAGUGACUGGCGAGACCAUAGCGAUCCUCACCGUGAAUGACUUUGAGGAGGGGGGCUACGGUGGAGGUCCAUCGGAAUGUGACAACCAGUAUCACGACAAUUCGGAGCCUGUUGUGGCGCUCUCCACGGGCUGGUAUGCAAAGGGCAGCCGGUGUGGAAAUUUUGUAAGGAUCUCUGCGAAUGGGCGAACGGUGAGUGCAAAGGUGGUGGACGAGUGUGAUUCCGUGAAUGGCUGUGACAAAGAGCACACGUUCGAGCCACCUUGCCUCAACAACAUUGUGGAUGCAUCCCCUGCGGUGUGGAAGGCGCUGGGGAUCUCCCAGGAUGAUGGUGACUAUGGAUACAUGAAGAUUACGUGGGCUAUGGGUUGA